UUGUCACCAUGAACUUCACUGGAAAAUACCAACUGCAGAGCCAGGAAAACUUCGAGCCCUUCAUGAAGGCAAUGGGGUUGUCUGAUGACCUCAUCCAGAAGGCGAAGGACCUUAAGGGGGUGACCGAAAUCGUGCAGAAUGGGAAGCACUUCAAGAUCACCAUUACCACGGGCACCAAAGUAGACAAGCAGGAGUUCAACCUGGGGGAAGAGAGUGAUAUGGAGAUAGUCACGGGGGAGAAGGUCAAGGCAUUGGUUAACCUGGAAGGUGACAACAAGCUGGUAGCAACGUUCAAAAACAUCAAGUCUGUGACUGAACUCAAUGGGGACACCCUGACCAGCACCAUGACCCUGGGUGGCCUCGUCUUCAAGAGAAUCAGCAAGAGAAUCUAG